UACAGAACUAUGGAAUGGGGUAAUUAUUCCAUGUAUGCAGACUUUGUCCUCUUGGGUUUGUUCAGCAGCACCUGUUUCCCUGGGCUUCUCUUUGCCCUCAUUCUCGUGGUCUUUGUGAUCUCCAUAGCCAGCAACACUGUCAUGAUCAUUCUCAUCCACAUAGACAGUCGCCUCCACACCCCCAUGUACUUCCUUCUCAGCCAGCUUUCCCUCAUGGACAUCCUCUACAUUUCCACCAUUGUGCCUAAGAUGCUGGUUGAUCAGGUGAUGAGCCAGAGGGUCAUUUCCUUUGCAGGAUGCACUGCCCAACACUUCCUCUACCUGACUUUGGCAGGAGCUGAGUUUUUCCUCCUGGGACUCAUGUCCUACGACCGCUAUGUAGCCAUCUGCAACCCUCUGCGUUACCCUAUCCUUAUGAACCGCAAGGUGUGCUCAUUGAUUGUGGCAGCAGCCUGGUUGGGAGGAUCUAUCGAUGGAUUCUUGCUCACCCCAGUCACCAUGCAGUUCCCCUUCUGUGCCUCUCGGGAAAUCAACCACUUCUUCUGUGAGGUCCCUGCCCUUCUGAAGCUCUCCUGUAUGGACACAUCUACCUAUGAGACAGCCAUGUAUGUCUGCUGUAUCCUGAUGCUCCUCAUCCCUUUCUCUGUUAUCUCAGCAUCCUACACAAGAAUUCUCAUUACUGUUUAUAGGAUGCAUGAGACAGAGGGAAGGCGAAAGGCUGUGGCCACCUGCUCCUCACAUAUGGUGGUCGUCAGUCUCUUCUAUGGGGCUGCUAUGUACACAUAUGUACUGCCCCACUCUUACCAUACCCCCGACCAGGACAAAGCUGUGUCUGCCUUCUACACCAUCCUCACACCCAUGCUCAACCCACUCAUCUAUAGCCUCAGGAACAAGGAUGUCACGGGGGCCCUACGCAAGGCUCUGGGGAGGUGUGUGUCCCCAGGAAAGGUAAUCACUUUCUAAAGAAAUUGCAUAUACUGCUAUGAGUUUGAAAAUAGGAAUGCAGGACUGUGUCAUCACCUUGGAAUCUAAAUAGUCUCUGUCUAAAGACAAG